UUGCCGUCGGCGGCCAUGCGCUGGCUGUGGCCGCUGGCCGUCUCCCUCGCGGCGGUGUCGGCUGCGGGGCUGAGCGGCGUCCCUGGGGACGCCCCCCUGCACCCCGGGAGGCUCCCGGCCGGGGCCCUGGACCCCAGGAGCCGGCCCCGGAGAGGCACGGAGGACGAGGAGGCCCGGGGCGUGCAGAAGUACGUGCCCGAGGCCUGGGCCGAGUUCCCCCGGCCCCUCCGCCCCCCCGCUGGCCCGCAGCCCACCGAGCCCUGGGCGGCCACCAGCCCCCGCCCGGACGACACCGGGGACGCCCCAGGCAGCGGGCCAGCGCCGGGGGGCCCUCCGACGGGGGUGCCCGGGCAGCGGCUGCAGAUGCAGAACCCCCUGUACCCGGUGACCCAGCGCUCCUACGGCGCCUACGCCGUCCUGCUGCUGGCCCUGGUGGUGUUCGCCGUGGGCAUCGUGGGCAACCUGGCGGUGAUGUGCGUGGUGGGGCACAGCUACCAGCUGAAGAGCGCCUGGAAUGCCAUCCUGGCCAGCCUCGCCCUCUGGGACUUCCUGGUCCUCUUCUUCUGCCUGCCCAUCGUCAUCUUCAACGAGCUCGCCAAGCAGCGGCUGCUGGGGGACGCGUCCUGCCGGGCCGUGCCCUUCUUGGAGGUCUCCUCUCUGGGGGUCACGACCUUCAGCCUCUGCGCCCUGGGCAUCGACCGCUUCCACGUGGCCACCAGCACGCUGCCCAAGGCGCGCCCCGCCGAGCGGUGCCGGUCCAUCCUGGCCAAGCUGGCCGUCAUCUGGGUCGGCUCCAUGACGCUGGCCGUGCCCGAGCUCCUGCUGUGGCAGCUGGCGCGGGAGCCCGCCCCGGGGGGCGCCGAGGACGCCUGCGUGAUGCGCCCCUCGGCCGGCCUGCCCGAGUCCCUCUACUCGCUCGUCAUGACCUACCAGCACGCCCGCAUGUGGUGGUGCUUCGGCUGCUACUUCUGCCUGCCCGUCCUCUUCACCGUCACCUGCCAGCUGGUGACCUGGCGCGUGCGGGGCCCCCCCGGGGGGCGGAGGCCCGCGGCGUGCCCGGCGGCGGCCAAGCACGGGCAGGGCGAGAGCCAGCCCAACGCCACGGUGGUGGGGCUGGCCGCGGUGUACGCCCUGUGCACGCUGCCCGAGAACGCCUGCAACCUCGUGCGGGCCUACCUGGCCGCCGAGCUGAGCCCCCAGACCCUGGGCCUGCUGGGCCUGGUCACCCAGUUCUCCGCCUUCUUCAAGGGCGCGCUGACCCCCGUGCUGCUGCUGUGCGUGUCGCGGCCGCUGGGCCGGGCCUUCCUGGACUGCUGCUGCUGCUGCUGCGAGGCGUGCGGGGGCCCCGCGGACGCCCGGGCCGCCCCCGGCGCCGACGGCAAGCUCAAGACGGAGAUGUCCUCCUCCAUCUACUUCCACAAGCCCAGGGAGUCGCCCGCGCGCCUGCCCCUGGGCACGCCCUGCUGA